AUGUGGAGUGGAAAGCAAUUUGUAGCCCAGCCCAACUGUCAGCAGCUGCUUGCGUCUCGUUGGUACGAUGAGUUCCCUGGGUGGAGGCGUCGUCACUGGGCAGUGAAGUUCCUAACCUGUGUCUUCAUCGGCCUCCUCUUCCCCCUCUUAUCCCUCUGCUACCUGGUCUCUCCUAAGAGCCGCUAUGGACACUUCAUCAGGCAACCCUUCAUCAAGUUUAUCUGCCACACAACGUCCUAUCUCACCUUCCUGUUCCUGCUGCUGCUGGCCUCCCAGCACAUCGUCUCUACAGACCCCAACAGACAGGGGCCGCCUCCUACUGUUGUGGAAUGGAUGAUACUACCAUGGGUACUGGGCUUCAUCUGGACAGAGAUUAAACAGAUGUGGGAUGGAGGGUUCCAGGACUAUAUCCAUGACUGGUGGAACCUCAUGGACUUCGUUAUGAACUCUCUCUACCUGGCUACCAUCUCUUUGAAGUUCGUUGCCUAUGUCAAGUACAGUGGCUUCAGGGCCAGGAACGAAUGGCAGAUGUGGCAUCCUACCCUGGUAGCAGAGGCUGUGUUUGCCAUCGCUAACAUCUUCAGCUCCAUCCGCCUCAUCUCUCUGUUUACAGCUAACUCCCACCUGGGACCUCUACAGAUCUCUCUGGGCAGGAUGCUGCUGGACAUCCUUAAGUUCCUGUUUAUCUACUGCCUGGUGCUCCUGGCCUUCGCUAACGGGCUCAACCAGCUCUACUUCUACUACGAGACAGACGAGGGACUGAAGGGAUGCAAGGGCAUCCGCUGCGCAACACAGAACAACGCUUUCUCAACGUUGUUUGAGACGCUCCAGUCGUUGUUCUGGUCUAUCUUUGGGUUGAUCAGUCUGUAUGUGACCAACGUGGAGGCAGACCAUCAGUUCACAGAGUUUGUAGGGGCCACCAUGUUCGGAACCUAUAACGUCAUCUCUCUGGUGGUUCUACUCAACAUGCUGAUCGCCAUGAUGAACAACUCCUACCAACACAUCGCUGAUCAUGCAGACAUUGAGUGGAAGUUUGCAAGAACCAAGUUGUGGAUGAGUUACUUUGAAGAGGGGGGGACUCUGCCUUCUCCAUUCAACAUCAUCCCUAGCCCCAAGUCAAUCUGGUACUUCAUCUGCUGGAUCAGGAAACACAUCUUCAAGAUCACCAGGGCCAAGAAAACAGAAACAUUUGGAACCAUAGGGAGACGGGCUGCUAUAAACGUAAGAAUAAACCACCAGUAUCAGGAGGUUUUGAGGAACCUGGUGAAGAGAUAUGUAGCAGCCAUGAUCAGAGAUGCCAAGACAGAGGAAGGACUGACUGAGGAGAACUUUAAGGAGCUGAAGCAGGACAUCUCCAGCUUUAGGUAUGAGGUCCUGGGGAUGAUGAAGGGGAAGGUGGGGCCCGGGGGUGGGGGCGUGGCUCUAGCAGGAAGUAAACCCAGUGAAGAGGCAGGGGCCUCCAUUUUGGUCUACCCUGACCACUCCUUCAAGUACUCCCCCAAGUUCUCCCCAGCCACGCCUAAGACCAACAUGUUUCCCGACACCACAUCCAUAUUCCAGCAGAGGGCAGCCCCCUCCUCCACCUCCUCCUCCACAUCCCCUUCCACCUCUCAGGGCUUGAACCGACUGGUCAACGGCUCUGUGGUACCCUCUUGGGCCUCCACUGACACCUCCUCCACUCCCAUCUCCUCUUCCUCCUCCACUCCCAUCCAUGCCUCCACCAAAGACAUGCUGGCCAGGAAAGACUUUCCCAAAGACAUCUGUGACUUUGGGCUCUACUCUGUGUCUGAGGAGAUGGGAGAGGCUGACCUGGAGGUGCUGGACUGUGACGGAGAGAAGGAGGAGCAGGGUGGAGCGAGGGAGAGGACGUGUACAGAGAAGGAAGAGAACGAAGGGAAGGGAGAGUGA